GGAAUGCAAAAUUGAUUCACUUAUGCACCAGUCUUCAAGCAAUCAUCAUUCCAUGGUUACUUCCGGUAUGGCUACUAGAACCAAGGAAGAAAUCAUAAUAGAAAAAGCAAUGGAGUCUUGUCUGUUCAAAUCUAUGAUGAGUGGAGUGGCAGGUGGUUUGUUUGGUUCUCUUAUGGGACUAGUAUUUGGUGGUUAUUCAGGUGCAGUAGAUACGGCUGUCGAAACUCAAGGAACUGCCAAGCAGAAAUUGUUGGCUGGUGGUAGAGUUGCCAAAAAUGCGUGCGUAAGACAAGCAAAGACUUUUGCUUUAUGGGGAACAGUUUAUUCUGGUACAGAAUGUGCUAUUGAAAAAUAUCGUGCAAAGCAUGAUUUAUGGAAUAGUUUGGUUGCUGGAUGUAUUACUGGAGGAGUAUUAACUUCACAACCUAAAAUACCGAUGGGAGCUAAGGCUAGAGCCACACAGAUGAGUGUAGGUUGUGGUGGAGUGGCUAUGUUUUCUUUGGCUUUAGAUUAUUUUUUGGAACAUCGAGAGUGAAUGGAUAUUCACAACGAUGGGAUACUGAAUAGAAUUGAAAGUGAAUAUUUAAAACAAUGUAUGGUCGUAUUCCCAAAGUCUUCAAGUUACUUAUCUGCCGUCGUUGAGAAGGACUCUGUGAAAUCAAUUUUGGUUUGGAAUAGGAUGAUCAUAUUCAAUAGGAAGUGAUCAAAAUAACAAUAGGAUAAGAUAGUUUCAUAAGGUUUUUUUUCCAUGAAAGAUAUUGAUAUCAGUUGAACAAUGAAUAGAAACACAAGUUGAAAGUUCAUUGAAAGAAUUUUAUACAAGUGCAAGUUGAUGCUUUAA